UGACUCUUUGGGGGGGGGGGGCUCCGCCGCCGUCACCUGAACGUUCGCGGAGGGAUCGAACAGCCGGAGAACCGAGGCAGGGAGACGGGGAGGGGAGGGAGAGAGCGCGGCGCAGGAGGAGUGCGCACGGGCGGACGGACAGUGUGCUGAGCAGCCAUCGGCCCCGCUUCCUGGAGGAUGUCUGCGACCACAGUGGACCACCAGCAGAGACCUAAAGGACAGGGAAAUAAAGUGCAAAACGGAUCAAUGCAUCAAAAGGACGGAGUGAAUGAUGAUGACUUUGAGCCUUACAUAAGCAGCCAGACAAAUCAGGGUAACAGCUACCCACCCAUGUCUGAUCCCUACAUGCCCAGCUACUAUGCGCCGUCGAUCGGAUUUCCGUACUCUCUGGGAGAGGCCGCCUGGUCCACAGCCGGAGACCCGCCCAUGCCCUACCUGACCACCUACGGACAGAUGAGCAAUGGCGAGCCGCACUUCAUCCCCGACGGCGUCUUUAGCCAGCCGGGUGCUCUGGGCAACACGCCUCCCUUUCUGGGCCAGCACGGUUUCAACUUCUUCCCCGGCAACGCUGACUUUUCCACUUGGGGCACCAGCGUGUCCCAGGGUCAGUCCACGCAGACUUCCGUCUACACUAACAGCUACGGCUACGCGCCCAGCUCGCUGGGCCGCGCCAUCGCGGACGGACAGGCCGGCUUCAGGAGCGACGCGCAGCUCAGUAAGAUGCCGGUGUUGAACAGCAUCGAGCAGAGCAUGGCGGGGCUCAAGCUGGGUACGGACAUGGUCGCGGCCGUCACGAAAACGGUGGGCUCGCCCUUAGCGGUCACGGCGGGGAUGAGCAGCGUGGCGGCCAAUAACCUGCCGCCUUCCGUGAGCUCGUCGGCGGGUAAAACCGCCUCGUGGGCGGCCAUCGCGGGGAUGGUGGGCGCCGCCGUUCCUCCUCCGCCCAUCAAGCACAACAUGAACAUUGGCACCUGGGAUGAUAAGGGUCCCCUGAACAAGCCGCCGCUCGCUCAGACGAUGAUGCCGACCCCGCCUCUGGUGCAGCAGCCUCUUCUCGCCCAGCCCCCGGCCUUACUGCAGAACCCUUUGCCCCAUCAGCCUCAACACCAGCACCAGCCCUUCCACCUGCAGUCCCUCCAGUCCCCGCAACACCCUCAGUCCCUCCCGCCCGGCCCCCUGCACCUCUCCUCUCACCCGGGCCCCCCGCCGGCCCUCCAUCAGCAUCAACCCCAACAGCCCGGCCCGCCGCCCAACCGCUGGGUGGCGCCCAGGAACCGCGGCGACGGCUUCGGCGUCGGCGUUCCGAUGAGCGCCUCGCUGUGCUCGGGCGAAGUGCACCCCGUGCUGGAGAAACUGCGCGCCCUCAACAACUACAACCCCAAAGACUUUGAGUGGAACUUGAAAAACGGACGGGUUUUCAUUAUUAAGAGCUAUUCGGAAGAUGACAUCCACCGCUCCAUCAAGUAUUCCAUCUGGUGCAGCACAGAACACGGCAACAAGCGUCUGGACGGGGCCUACCGCUCGCUGGGUGGCAAGGGGCCCCUGUACCUGCUGUUCAGCGUCAACGGCAGCGGGCACUUCUGCGGCGUGGCCGAGAUGCGCUCGCCGGUGGACUACAACGCCUACGCCGGCGUCUGGUCUCAGGAUAAGUGGAAGGGCAAGUUCGAGGUGAAAUGGGCCUUCAUCAAGGACGUGCCCAACAACCAGCUGCGACACAUCCGGCUGGAGAACAAUGACAACAAGCCGGUGACCAACUCCAGGGACACUCAGGAGGUGCCCCUGGAGAAGGCUAAGCAAGUGCUUAAAAUUAUCGCCACUUACAAGCAUACCACCUCAAUCUUUGAUGACUUUGCACAUUACGAGAAACGCCAGGAAGAAGAGGAGGCUUUGAGGAAGGAACGCAGUCGAAAUAAACAGUAACCUCCAGGCCAACGAGACAUCCUCACACUAAAAUGACGUAGGACCUUCAAAACAACGAUAAAAUUAAGAGUUGCUUUACCACGAGGACGACGACGACGACCAACCGAUCACGCCAACACUCGACGUGUGGAUUUCAAAGCCACCUGCUUUGGAAGCACUUUCAUCCCCUCACCGUUUCAAAUUUUGUUUGCAACUAACUUGACUAAUCAGCGUAGUCGCCAUGUUGUUUUUCAUUUUGAUUUGUAAAUCAUUUGAGCCCUCUCUCGUUUUGGGAUCAGUUAUUCGGGUGAGUUAAUUGGGGGAAACCGCAAUCACGCCAAUCGGAGGCCAUAUUAACCCGCAUACCGAAAGAAUGUGACGGACGGGCUCAUCUUUUGUUUUUUUUUUUUCCUUCUUCUGUUGUGAUUCUUAAGUGCUUUCUGUCUGAGGAGAAUGUGGCCGACUCACUAGCGACAAUAAAGAAACGAGCUGUGUUUAGCGAAAAAAAAAAAAAAAUCCCCC